CGUAAUCUGAGCGGAAUCCGGCUUUACGUCAAGCCGCGACUGUCGUGAAAGCGAGGGGCACGCCUGACGGCAGCAGUGUCGCGAACGCUCGCAAGGACAGCCAUGCCAGUUCUCGAUAUCCAGAACCAGCUGGGCAUUGAUGUUGACAGGUGGUUGCUCACUGGGAGUGCCAAGCAGCCCCACAAGCAGGCCAGUUUGUGCUUUGCCUUUGAGAAGGAGUGGCUGGAGUGUGCUGAUGGCAUUGGGUCCGUAAGGGCAAAGAAGGAGUGCCAGCAGGAGAUGGAGGAUUUUGCUGAAUGUCUAAGCAAGAAAAAAAUGGUGAAGCGAAUGUUGGCGAUUCAGGCACAGAGGGAGAAGCUGAUAAAGGAGGGAAAAUACACCCCUCCGGACAACCAUUCUGGCAAAUUGGACCACACACCUUGAACUUCUGCUGCUUAUCCUGGAGGAAGCAGAGCAGGAGCCACUUCCCAGUCUCUCUUCCCCUUUU